AUGGAUGAAGAAAUUUUUAAUGAAAAACGAUCGUGUUUUAUUUGCAAAUCGAGUGAUGAUAGUGUUAUUUCGUUUAAACGAGAGUCGUUUCAUAAAUGUAAACAUUCUUUGCAAAUCCGCCAAUUGUGUAAUUUGAAAUACAAUGAGGCUAGUUUGUCGCAUGAAAUAGAUGACAGAAGCGGAUACCACAUAUCGUGUUAUCGCUCUUUCAACGCUAUUGGAAAAAAACAUAAAGAGCAGUUCGAACGAUUGCAAAUUGAUAAGGAUAAAGAUGCGGAGCCUGGAACUUCUCAGUCAGGAGACAAAGAUGCGAAACCUGGAACUUCUCAGUUUGGAGAUAUUGCGUCAGAAGAAUCUUUUGAUUUUUCAAAUACUGGGUGUGUUCCCGGCGAUUAUGAAGCAGGCACAGAAGUGGACAAUAAUAUGAGCAAAAAGGCUACAAAGGAAGUAACCACAGAAGUACAAGAAGAUAUGGACAAUGAAACUAACGAAGAAGGAAGCACAGAUGGGGUUGAUAACGCAGAUAAUGAAACGACUGAAGAAGUAGGCGUUGAAGGUGAUGAUGAUGCAGCUGCUGAGAAGACGAAAUGCAUAAUUUGCAACAAAGUUACUAAAUACAAAAAUCGAAAAAAAGUUAAAAUGAGUAAAAUGACAGUCAAUGCGAAAGUGGAGGCGUUCAAGAAAAAAAUCACCAUUAUAACACCAUGUGGAGGAAAAACCAUUAUUGCUCCUUAUGACGUUACAACAAUUAGCAACCUUGAUGCACUAAAGAAAGAAGAUACCCUACAACGAGCAGCAAUUCAUCUGAGAAAUGUUAUUUUUCAAAUGAAGAAAAAGACACUUCCAAACAAAGUAGAAACCAAAGAUUUGAUUGCUGGAGAAUGUGAUAUUCCAGAAAUAUUGAAAACAUUUUAUAAAACAGUUUUAGGAGGUUUUAAUUAUCACCAAAGGCAUGCCUCAAAUCUGGAUUUACGCAGUGAAACGUUAUCUUCAGACCUCAUUUAUGCUACAACACGAGGAAGGAUAAAACCUGCCAAACAAAUUGAGCUUGGAAUAGCCCUGAAAAGUCUCACUAACAGUAAGAAAGUUUUGAACAUCAUGAACAAACUGGGACACUGUAUUUCUUAUAGUGUUAUCGAAGAACUGGAAACUGAGGCUGCUUAUACUAGUUUUAACAAAUCAUCGUUAUGCCCAAGUAACAUAAUCAUGAAAAAUGACCUGCAUACAGGCGUUGCAUUCGACAACUUCGACAGAUUUGUUGAAACCACUACGGAGAAGGAAACCCUCCAUGACACGGUCGGGAUAAUUUACCAAAACAUUUGCGAGGACAACAACGAAAGUGUUUUACAAAGUUCUACUGACGGCGAAGCUGCUGGAAAAAAAAGAAGACGAACAUUUGACACCAUAAUUCCAGAAGUAGAGCCUCUUGCAAAAAGAUUAAAGUUCGUUGGACAGCUUCAACGAGUGGACUCCAUCGGUGUUACAGCUGCUCCUGCCAAUUUGAAAGAAUUCAAAAUCAUCGAUGUCACAUGGAUGAUAUCCCAUGCUUUAGACAUCAAAACGCCAAUGUGGGUCGGGUUCAAUGCCAAAUUAUUAAAUGACACUUCUGUAACACAAAUAGUUUCCUACCUACCACCGAUCAAUUUGUCCCCAUCAGAUCCGGCUGUCGUUUUGGAAACCUUACUGCAGUCUCAUGGAGUAAUUGAAAAUAAAAUAGACAACAUUGAGCUGCGGCACCUUGCUCAACAGUAUUUGACCUCCAAAGAGGAGACACUGGCGGGUCUGCAUGGGAAAACACCGCAAUUCUACAUGAUAUACACCAAUCUUAUCGACCAUUAUCUGAUGUUCAGCAGAAGUAUACGCAUGGGUGACUUUGACCUUCUGAAGUACAUAUUGCCCAAGUUGAACAAUAUCUUUUUUCCAUUCAAUCACAUAAACUACGCUCGUUGGCUUGUCAGAUAUUGUGACAACUUGUCAAAAGUUGGAGAGACACAUCCAGAGCUGUUGAAGGACUUCCAGGAUGGUUAUUUAGGUAUCAAACGCACGAACAAAAAUUUCUCAAGGCAAGGAGCAGAUUUAGUUGUAGAACAAACUAUCAAUGCAGAUGCUGGCAGAACUUUAACAGGAAUCACUCAUUUCACCAAUUCAAUUAAAGCACGCAUGAGGUGGACUGUCGACUUCGCUCUUAGAUCUGAAGAAGACCGCAUAAGGAAAAGCAGAAUGCAGAUGGCCAAUUUCAUAAAUGGACUUAACCUGCGAAUGAAUCCAUUUGAUGAGAGUCUAAAGGAGGAGCUACUGUACAAUAUAUCUACUGGCGAAGCAGCGCCCAAAGACGUCGCAUUAUUUCUUACUUCAAUUGAAUCAACCGGCAACGAAAUGCGCACAAGUAUGAUCAACGCUUGUAUUGAAGAUGAAGAUGCAUUUCACAAUUACACAAUAAAGAGGGUCAAGAUAAAUAAUUUCGCCUCUGUUGUAAAAAAAAGGAAGAUAAGAAUCGGGGGAAAAGUUACAGAAGUGAAGUUCCAGAAGGAUUUGUUUGGACGACUUUUGGCAAUAUCACUGAAAAAGAAAAUCGAUUUAACAAAGGUCUUAACGUACCCACUGACUCCUGUACCUCUAUCGAUGUGCCAGAUCGAAGGGAUCAUCCACAAAACAGGUAAAUCUGCUUUGACUGCAACACUGGAAUCUAAAGUGCAAGAUCAUGGUGCACCUCAAUUUAUUGAUGUUAAAGUCGUGGAUGGAUUUUUCCUGUUUCACACAAUGAAGCAAGUUCCGGUAACUUUUGGGAAUGUUUCCUUAAAGUAUUUAACCUCUGUGUGUUCUGCUUAUGCUUCUCAAGUACUUGUUGUCUUCGAUCAAUACGUCGAACCAUCGAUAAAAGCAGUAGAACGUAACCGGAGAGAAUGUUUUCCUGCCGACUUCUUCAUUUAUGGAAGUGAACAGGUUCGACCUAGCAAUUUCAGUGCUGAAUUGCGAAAUGACAAAUUCAAGACGGCCUUAGUUGAGUUUCUUAUCGAACAUUGGUCAAGCGACGAUGCAGCAGAGAUCAUAAAACGAAAAGUUUUGUACGUUUCUUUCGACAAGUGCUAUAAAUACGUAGUGGAAGAAGGUCAUGUUGUUAGAACAAUUGAUGAAGAUAUUUCUUGUCCUGUCCAUGAAGAAGCUGACACAAAAAUCAUUUUCCACUUGUGCCAAAUGGAAAAUGAUUACAACGUUGAAAUUCAGUGCUCUGACACCGAUGUCCUUGUUAUUAUGCUGGCUAACAUGUGUCACUUGAAAGCGAAUUUGGAAAUUUGGUUGCGUUUCAGUACAGAAACAGCUAGUUCUGACGAAGAAACAGAUGAAGAUGUGGAUGAAGAUGCUUCAUCUGAUGGCAUUGCAGGAACAAAUGUGGAUGCAUUUGACUACAAUGCCGACCUAUCCGAUGACGAACGUGAUGCUUCCUCCAAUGAUGAUGAAGACGAAUUUUGA